CAGCACGUUUCUUGGCGCGUAGAAACUCGCGGUGACAAAAUUUCCCACGGUCGAGAUCGAGCGAGCGAGAGAUAGACAACGAAGCCUCGUGACGAACAGGGUCCUCAACCUCGCAAAGCAUCUCAUCUUGUCGGUUAUCACCUUACGAUCUUUCGUCUUCCGUUUUCAUCUCCCCUCUCUCCCCCCUUUUGGCAACCCCUCCGCCACCGAAGAAACUAAAAAAAAAACCAGACAGCCUUCCCCCACCAGCCCAUUCCAAAAUGGAGGAUUCGGCAGCAUCACCCUCGACGCCGCGUCAAUAUGCCAACUUUCGUUCCGCGGCGUCGAUGAACUGGCGCGUCAAGGACGAUUCACCUCGCGUCGAACCGCAACAGUCACGAAACAGCCGGACCAACACGCCUCGUCAACAGAAUGGUGGUGCCGCUGAAGACAACAACAGCAACAACGCCGCCAACCCCGGCACGAGGCUGUACGUGGGGAAUUUGCUCUACACGGCCCAAAGGACCGACAUCGAGUCCCUGUUUGCCGAGCGUGGCUUCACCGUCGUCGGCGUGAGCAUCUCGACCGACCCGUUCACGGGACGGAACCCGAGCUACUGCUUUGUCGACCUGGACUCUCCCGAGGAAGCUCAACGCGCCAUCGCCGAGCUCAACGGUGUCGAUGUCCUUGGACGCGUGUUGAAAGUGAGUCCCGGAGUGGCCAAGCGUGGAUCGGCACAGGGUGGUCAGAACGGUUCCGGCCUCGGCGGAGGUGCCGGUAGAGAAGUCCGUACGAAGACUUAUGAUCGUGGAUAUGCAAGAGAUGUCAGAGAAGAAAGAAGCGGCGAUUACAAACCAUCGUUCGACCGGGGGUCCCGCACCGACGCCAGUUCACACUGGCAGGCACCCCAGAACGAAGGAAGGAGGUUGUACGUCGGGGGACUGCCUCGCAUCGAGCCCCAGUCGGCGCUCGACGAGGAGAUCCAGGUGCUUUUCUCCACGACCGACGUGACCCCGUCGGCCGUGUCCAAGUUGAUCUCGCCUCACCCCAGCAAGGCCACCGAACCGGGAAACCAUUACUACUGCUUCGUCGACGUGCCGAGGGUCGAGGACGUCGAUGUCGUGAUCGACCAACUCGCCGGCAAGGAAGGUAGCUGGGGUGGUCCUCUACGCGUUAGUCGCGCGAGGGGAGGAGAGAGAAAAGUCACCCGGGAGCAAGGGGUGACCGGCAGCAACAGUGGUACCACCGGAGAGAGAAGGUCGGCUGGACCGGGCACGUGGAGACGAAGGGAUGAUCAAGAACAGCCUCCAACGCAGGGGCCCGAGGAGUAAGCAGGUGCAUAUUUUGUGCGCCUUACAUCUUAUGGUGGCCAAUCUGCAAUUGCACAGCACAUUGAGCAAUGAGAAUUGGGUAUGAUCUCUUUUUCUUGUCAGGGUUGUCAUCGCACACGCACAGCAGACACCACGACAUAAAGAGAAGUGAUUCGAGAUGAAUCUUUUAGUAUUGGGUUUGUUCUUGGACAGGCAGCGGGCUGUGCUCUAAAGCAAAAGAAAGAUGUCGAGAAGUUUAAUGUCAAUGUCGAGUACCAAAUCGCACCGAAUUGCAAGAGCUCGUUUGAACAUACCAAGUGCCAUACAUCAAAUCAAUCAUUCAAGAUCUGGCGCUGGCCAAAAUAUG